UCUUGGUGGUGGAAUCUUUUCUUUUUAUUUAAAAAAGAAAAGCAUAAUAAGAAUAGCAAUCUUGAAUUUUUUCCCCCAUUUUUUCUUGGUGGUGGAAUGUUUCCUUUUUAUUUAAAAAAGAAAAGAAUAAUAAGACGACGCUAGAGAGUUAUAAGCCGACCGCUUCCCAUCUGAGCGGUGGAAGAGUUUCCGCGCCUCGAUAUCAUGUGGACAUCAGCGUCCUCCCUCUUCCUCGGAACAACACUCCCUCUGCCCUGCGGCCGUCCCAAAGGCCGCGUGCUCCUCCGCCCUAGGAUGUCUUCCUCCUCUUCCGCCACCGAUCCCCUCACCACCGUCGGCCGCCUCCUCUGGGGACGCUCCCUCCCGCCGGGGCCCCUCGUCUGCGCCGUCCGAUUCAGCUGGUCCGCCGCCUGGCACUUCAUGAUGCGCCAGCUCGCCCCCUCCGACCCCGCCGGUUCCUAUUCCCGCCCCUCAGGCGCCUUUCGCUCCGUCCCCGACCGCUACCUCCGGAACCCUAGCACCGCACGCCUCCACCUCUACGUCGGUCUCCCCUGCCCUUGGGCCCACCGCACCCUCAUCGUCCGCGCCCUCAGAAACCUCGAGCCCCAAAUCCCGGUAUCCGUCGCUGCCCCCGGCUCCGAUGGUUCCUGGGAGUUCCCCGGCGGUCGGGGGAUCGACGGCGGAGAUCUGAUCCCUGGGCCGGACCGGGCGAACGGGCGGCGGACGCUGAGGGAGGUGUACGGGAUGAGGAGAGGGGGGUACGACGGGAGGGCGACCGUGCCGAUGCUGUGGGAUGUGGAGAGGAGGGAGGUCGUCUGCAACGAAAGCUACGACAUCAUCGAGUUCUUCAAUUCCGCCGCGUUCGAUGGCUCCUCCGGGUUGGACCUGUCGCCGCCGGAGCUCAAGAGAGAGAUCGAAGAAUGGAAUCGAGUUAUUUACUCCAAUGUUAACAAUGGAGUCUAUAGAUGUGGAUUCGCGCAGAGCCAAGAGGCCUAUGAUGUUGCAGUUAAUGAGUUAUUCACGGCACUGGAUAUGCUAGAAUCUCAUUUGUCAACUUCUCGUUACCUUUGUGGAGAUGUAUUGACUUUAGCUGAUGUCUGCCUUUUUACUACUUUGAUACGUUUUGACCUUGUGUACAAUGUUCUCUUCAAAUGCACCAAGAAGAAGCUGCUUGAAUGCCCCAAUCUUCAUGGUUAUACACGCGACAUAUAUCAGAUUCCAAAGGUAGCAGAAACUUGCAAUCUUGAAGCCAUCAUGGACGGAUACUAUCAUACAUUAUUCCCACUAAAUCCUGGUAACAUUCGGCCUGUCAUGCCCUCUGUUUGCGAGAAUCAGUCCCUGUCUGAACCCCAUAAUAGAGAAUCCUUGUCUUCGAAUGGCAAACAUAGGCAGAUCCAUGUUUCAGAAUAAUUGCAUGCUUUGAGUGGAAACAUCUUAGUUUGAUCAUUUCCUACAACUAAGCUUCAGCUGAUUGGUGGACACGAGCAAAACCAUUCCAACUGAUCAAACGCACUUGUGAUCUAAAAUGAAGGCAACAAGUCAAUGGGAGAUGAAUAUGGCAGUUGCUUUCUCAAACAAAUAAAUAACAAGGUGACUUGGAGUUCCACAACUAACUCAUUGCUGCAACAAAAGAUUCAAAACCUCGCAUGGAUGCCCGCCUUAUUGUUUAUUUACAACAGGUGACUUGGCCUGUCUUUCUAUAUUCAUUUGCUGGGCAAUUCCAAGGCGCAGAAAUUCACUUAAUCGAAAAAAGGCUCUGAACUGGACUGCAGAAAUUAUUGAACCGCUAACAAGUGGUGAUAGAUGCCUGUAGGUGGACCCAUUAGUAGUUUCAACUUAUAUCUUCAAAUAAAUAGCAGGUGCAAAAAUGCAGAAUAAGUAUCAUAAAUUUGAGAUUGACUUCAGCAUGCUGUGAAAGCCUUCAAAAGUGUUCCCGCAGCCUAGAUGGUUUCCAGAAAUAUGAUUAUCUAUUCCCCUUGUAAUAUUCUAGAUGACCAUGUUUCACAUUUAUGGCUGAGUAACAAUAAAAACUGCAGCAAAGAAAGCUGCGCACAAUCAAAUUGAGAUUCAAUUUUCAAUUUUACUCGCCGAAUUGAUA